UAGCCUACUCCACCAUUUCCAUCAAACAAGGUGCAAAAGCUUAUAUAUCUUAAUAAGCAUUCAACACUUCUAAAACAUCUUCGAAAUGGCAUCAAAAGCUUUUGCCUCCACUGCCCUUCUCCUCUCUCUCAAUCUCCUCUUCUUUACUUUGGUCAGCUCUACCUACUGCCCACCGCCACCAUCACCAAAGCCAAAAUCCCCCGCACCUCACUCCAGCUACCCAUCAUCAAAACCUACUAAAUGCCCGAAGGAUACCCUAAAGCUGGGUGUAUGUGUCGAUUUGUUGAAAGAUUUACUGAGUGUUACAAUUGGUAAACCACCAAAGUCCCCUUGCUGCAGCCUCAUUGGCGAUCUUGUUGAUCUUGAAGCUGCAGUUUGCCUUUGCACUACCAUCAAAGCUAGUCUCUUGGGCAUUAACUUGAAUGUUCCAGUUGAUUUAAGCUUGUUGCUCAACUACUGUGGCAAGAAGGUUCCUGAGGGUUUCAAGUGUGCAUAAAUAUAUGCAUUCUAAUUGGUUAAUUUUAGUUUUUACCUUCUCUUCCUCAUGCUGUGUUUUAGCCCUGGAAUGUUUUUAUGGCUUGUGCCAUAGACAUUCGAUAAUAAUUUCUCCAUGUACCAUUUCUUUUUCUGGUUGUACUGAAUUCUAUUGAAAAUUGAAUGUGGCAUUAAUUUACUAAUAAAAGAAUUAUUAAUUUGGUAAA